CUUAAGAGGAUGGACGUUUCCGGCAAUUAAGUGCAGAGCGUCACACGCGCCAGCGUCGAAUCUGUACUCUAUCGGCACAAAGGUGCAUUAGGACAUUACUAGCCAGCUUAAGCUUUGCGGAGUUACAAAGUUUCCAAUAAUGUUUUCGUCAGGCCUUAACUGCAAUCUCUCCUUCCCCAGCUGCUUGGGUUAUCCGCAAGAUAGCGAGGAAUUGAUCCCAAAAAUGGCACGUGAGCCAAUCAUUCUUAAUGUUUACGACAUGUAUUGGAUAAAUGAAUACACCACGCCUAUCGGUCUCGGAGUAUUUCAUUCUGGAGUGGAAAUAUAUGGGACAGAGUACGCGUACGGUGGUCAUGCUCAACCAAAAAGCGGCAUUUUCGAAAUCACCCCGAGAGUGGCUGAAGAAUUAGGCGAGCAGUUUAGAUAUAGACAAUCCGUUCACAUUGGGUAUACGGAUUUCACGGAAGAAGAUGUCUCGAGAAUUAUUACGGAAUUAGGCAAAGAUUUUAGAGGAGACCGCUAUCAUUUGAUGAAUAAAAACUGCAAUCACUUCAGCAGUCAGUUCACGUUGAUUUUAUGUGGGCAGGAAAUACCCGGUUGGGUAAAUCGUCUGGCGUAUUUCAGUUCGUGCGUACCGUUCCUCCAACGUUGCUUGCCAAAAGAAUGGCUGACGCCUGACGCUUUACAACACUCUCUAAGUCAAAUUAGUCAUCACGAAAGUACACCACCAUCAGACACUUCGUUGUAACAUUUGGCAAACACUGUUGAAAUGCACGGUCUAAAAUGCCGUAGAAGUUAUACAUUUUAGAUAAUUAAACUCUGUGAAAAGAAAUAUUAAUUAGGACUGACUAUAUUGCCAAGAUUUGAAACAACCUGAGAAACUAAACCGUCAAGACAAGGUACAAAUUUCAUAUUGUACACUUGAAUGCGACUGCUAACAAUUAGUACCGAAAAAAAAAAUUGCCUUCGCUGCAACACGUUGUUUCCUAAGGCGGCGAUCCACGAGGUCGCAUGUGUUCUUUGUUGAAUAAUACAGUCGAGAUAUGAUAGUUACAUAAUGAAUAAAUAAUUACGCAUAAAUUUCAACCGUAAUGAACAGAAAACUCAUUUGCCGAUGACAGAAAAAGAAACUUGUUACGUUAGCAAGACAUACAGUAAAGUUAAUUUUUUUUACAAAGAUGCUUAUUUCUUAUGCUUGUAAAACUGUAAAGCAAUAUGUUUAAAGUAUAACGUAUGCACGUCAAAGAGAUAAAUAUAUGUUGUAUCUAAUGUAUAUUGUAUACAAAAUGGUUUAAGCAUUUAAUAAUUGCAUUUAAUAAUGUAAUUGAUUUCUAUAAGUAACUUGACAAAACACAUACACGCACACACCCGUACUUACACAGAUAAAAAGCUGAAGGUAAACAAGCUUUCGUAUUUUCAAAACUAUAUAUUACUUUUAAUCAGCCGAAUCUCCACAUAACUUUGAUUUUAGCUCUUACGCUUUUUUUAUUAUCACUUGGUUCAUAUUGUUCUACCGAUUAUAUAUACAUGACGUUUCUAUGUAUGUAGAUCAAACCAGUGAGAUACAAGUAAAUAUUGAGGAGUAAGUUAAAAAUAGAAGACCUGCAGUUUCUCAAUGAGUUAAGAAUAUAGGGGUUCAAAAUAGUUGAUUAUGAAAUAUAAGAACAAAUACCUUUAAUAAAAUUUAAAACAAUAAAUGUAUAGUUUUUAUCGAAUAAGCGAAAUUCCCAAUUUUAGUUUAUACAAAAUAUAUUGGAAUAAACAAGUAACGAUAAAGUAAAGAAAAAGAGGAAAGAUUUCUUUUUUUAUCAAUUUGGAAUCUACCUUUUAUCAACAAAAAUAUAGAGAUAAAAUGUUAGUUUUUGGAUUGUUAAAGCCAAGUUUCGAAAGAUCAAAUAGAUAUUAAAAUUGUACUGUCUAAUCGCAAAUUGACACUAUUUAUAGGCUUUUAAUUUGAAAGAUAAUUAAACAGAUAUCGAUAUAUAUUUAUAUAUAAUAUUGAUUUUAAAGGUAUGCUGGAUUAUAUGUAUCCUCCGUAUUAAAGAAAUAGCUGUUCGAACUUUUUUUCAACCAAACUUGAUCUGGACAUCAUAAAAAUUUAACUCAUUUUAAGUUUUCCACAAGAUAAGACAUCUAAAUGGGUUACCUAAAUAUCAAUGUCAAUCUGUAAUUUCGAUAUAAUUAAGAUUUAUGAUAUAAUCUCGUUAAAUUUUGGCAUUUAAAGUGAGAAAUUGUGUAAACCUUUUUCUUUCAUUUGAAGUAAAUUACAAUUGGAUCUCUUGAUAAUUCAACUUUGUCGUUACAACAAUCGAUAUAAGGAAGAGAAGCUUUAAUAAUAUGUUGCGUUUAUUAGUCUAAACAGUUCUACAAUGCUAAUAUAAAUAGCCUUUCAGAUAUUUCGUCUUGUAAAAUAAAAAUGUCCCUUCUCUUUACUAAACGUA